UGCGCUGGGGCUGGGCUCUGACAGGACCGGCGCAGGCGCGGGGAGCCUUUGCGGCCCUCCCCCGCUGUUUUUCCCAAGUCCUGGGCUUUCCCCGCGGAAACAGCGGAGGGGCCAGUCUCCUGGCGAAGGGGCCUAAUCCUUGCCCGCCAUGCCCGCGGGCUUCGAGCUGCAGCCGCGGGACGGCGGUCCCCGGGUGGCCCUGGCGCCCGGGGAGACUGUGAUCGGCCGCGGGCCGCUGCUGGGAAUAACAGACAAGAGAGUAUCCAGAAGACAUGCCAUUCUUGAGGUGGCAGGUGGUCAGCUGCGAAUCAAACCGAUACACACAAAUCCGUGUUUUUAUCAGUCUUCAGAGAAGAGUCAGCUCUUACCAUUGAAGACAAAUCUAUGGUGCUAUUUGAAUCCUGGAGAUAGUUUUUCUUUGUUAGUUGACAAAUACAUUUUCCGCGUUCUUUCUAUACCCUCUGAAGUGGAAAUGGAAUGUACCUUAAGAAACAGUCAAAUGCUUGAUGAAGAUAAUAUAUUGAAUGAAACACCAAAAUCCCCCGUGAUUAAUUUACCUCAUGAGACUACUGGUGCCUCACAACUGGAAGGAAGCACAGAAAUAGCCAAGACCCAGAUGACUCCCACAAAUAGUGUGUCUUUCCUAGGUGAAAAUAGAGACUUCAGUAAGCAGCAGCGAAUCCUUGACGAGAGGAAAAGAAUCCUUCCAGCUUGGAUGUUAGCAGAACAUUUAAGUGAUGAAAACCUUUCAGUACCAGCAAUCAGUGGAGGUAAUGUAAUCCAGGGAAGUGGAAAAGAAGAAAUCUGCAAAGGUAAAACCCAACUAAACACAACACAGCAAGGAAGAAGGCAAUUAAUUUCAUCAGGAAGUUCAGAAAAUACAUCAGCAGAACAAGAUACAGGAGAAAAGUACAAAAAUACUGAUCAGGAAGAGUCUACCAUUUCAUCCAAGGAAAUGCCACAAUCAUUUUCUGCAAUCACAUUAAGUAACACAGAGAUAAAUAAUAUUAAGACUAGUGCACAGAGAAACAAACUUCCAAUAGAGGAACUUGGUAAAGUUUCUAAACAUAAAAUUGCCACUAAAAGAACACCACAUAAAGAAGAGGAGGCAAUGAGCUGUUCUGAAAAUUGCUCGAGUGCCCAGGGCGAGUCAUUCCAGGAUGAGUCUCAAGGGUCUCAUUCUGAGUCCAGCUCUAAUCCCUCCAGUCCUGAAACUUUGCAUGCAAAGGCGACUGAUUCAGUUCUACAAGGUUCUGAAGGAAACAAGGUCAAGAGGACAUCCUGCAUGUAUGGGGCAAACUGCUAUAGGAAGAAUCCUGUUCAUUUUCAACAUUUUAGCCAUCCUGGUGAUAGUGAUUAUGGAGGUGUACAAAUCGUGGACCAAGAUGAGACUGAUGACCGGCCUGAAUGUCCCUAUGGACCAUCCUGUUAUAGGAAGAAUCCUCAGCACAAGAUAGAAUAUAGACAUAGUACACUUCCAGUGAGAAAUGUUUUAGAUGAAGAUAAUGAUAAUGUUGGGCAACCCAGUGAGUAUGACCUGAACGACAGCUUUCUAGAUGAUGAGGAAGAAGACUAUGAGCCAACAGAUGAAGAUUCUGACUGGGAACCAGGAAAGGAAGAUGAAGAGAAGGAAGACGUGGAAGAGCUUUUGAAAGAAGCAAAACAGUUUAUGAAAAGAAAAUAGUAACUAACUUCUGUAGUCAUAUGUGCCUUACAUUUACUUUUUCUUUGUGGGAAAACAUUUAUGAACUAAGGAGGUACUUAAGUGACAGUUAUUUCCUUCUUUUGAUAGUUAAUGACUUCUACUACUGACUCUUUACAAGUGAGACAUUGAAACGUCAGCCUUCAGUAUAAUAGAUGGAAUUUUUUGUUGCCUUGCCUUUUCUUUCCUACUUAAAGCAUCUGGAAAUAGGAAGACAGAGAAGGUAGAGUAAAAAUGGAUAUUUUUUAUGUACUUUGUAUAUUGGUAAUAAAAAGUAAAAGCCAUAGGUUGCGCAAAACUUUGGUCUUUGUAAAUUUUUUUCCAAAGAUUAUCUUUGUGGAGUACUCUGCAAGUAUAACCAGGCAAAUUACAUGAAAACAUGCCUCUUUUCAUUGUUACUGAAGUAAUUCUGUAAGCAGAACAGGAUUUUUAAAAUGCAGCCAUUACUUAAUGGCUGUUUUUUUUCUAGUACCUUAGAUGUGAGCUUUGCAAUUUCACUUACUACUUUUGUCCUUCAAAACUUGGGAAGAUUGGUUCCAAAUGGAUACUGAAAAUAGAUUCAACUAGGCUGUAGAAUAGAAAUGUUCACCAUGCAGGGAAUGUUAUUUUGUGUUCCACAUCUGCAAUUUACUGUAUGUUUGAAUUUAAAAGUAAAAAAACUCAAAGAAUUUGACCUUUUUUUUUCAAACUAAAGUCCUACCUGAUUAUUUUAACUCUCAAUGUGCUGUCUUUAUAUUAAGAAUAGAGAAAUGACAUAGCUUUCUCAAAUGGCGUGAAUUUUGCCUUAGUUUUUUUGACCUCUGAUGAAAGUAGCAAGUUGUUUACCAGUUGAAAGUUCAAGAUUCUGGCCUCCCAUAUCAAGAAGAAACCACUUAUUCUUCAGUUUCAUGACGUAUCUUUCUGUGUUUCUGUUCUAAAACUACUUUAAGCCCUAUAAUGCUCUUCAUUUUAAGUGACUUUGAAUUGUUAAAAUGUAGUUUAGAAUCUUUAAUAACAGUUGGGUUGCGUACACAGAGCAGGAGAUAUUUAUUGAAAUCAUAAAUCACUAAGCCAAAAGAGUCUUUGUUAAAUACUAAUAUUUUCUACUCUAAAGGAACCUAAAAAUUUAUAUUUUAAAAGAGCAAAACAUAUUUAUAAUAUUAUUUCUCAGUGCUUUUAAAUGUAUCUCCCAGUAAUUGUAUAAUAUUUAAUAUUUACUUAAACUGGAACAAGAAUAAGAUAAACAUUUCUCUAGACUAUUACCUAUUAUUCUGAUUUUAUCUCUUAUUGUUAUUUGGGAACUAUUUUUCCCCUUAUAAUGUCCCUUUAACCUUGGUAGUAUAACAAGUCUAUGAAUGUAAUAUUUAACUUAUUUUCAUCCCUGUCACUAACUUAAUCCUUGAAGUGUUACUUAAUCUACUCCUAGUUAUACACCCACAGGAAUUGAAAACAUUUUCAUAUAAAAACUGCACACAAUGUCGAUAGGAGCAUUAUUCUGAAAAACCUAUUAAAAUAUUCCUUCCUUUUCAACCACA